AUGGCCAAACAGAUGCCCAUUAUUACUGUGCUGGCCACACAGAUGCCCAUUAUUACUGUGCUGGCCACACAGAUGCCCAUUAUUACUGUGCUGGCCACACAGAUGCCCAGUAUUACUGUGCUGGUCACACAGAUGCCCAUUAUUACUCUGCUGGCCACACAGAUGCCCAUUAUUACUGUGCUGGCCACACAGAUGCCCAUUAUUACUCUGCUGGCCAAACAGAUGCCCAUUAUUACUCUGCUGGCCAAACAGAUGCCCAUUAUUACUCUGCUGGCCACACAGAUGCCCAUUAUUACUGUGCUGGCCACACAGAUGCCCAUUAUUACUGUGCUGGCCACACAGAUGCCCAUUAUUACUCUGCUGGCCAAACAGAUGCCCAUUAUUACUCUGCUGGCCACACAGAUGCCCAUUAUUACUCUGCUGGCCACACAGAUGCCCAUUAUUACUCUGCUGGCCACACAGAUGCCCAUUAUUACUCUGCUGGCCACACAGAUGCCCAUUAUUACUCUGCUGGUCACACAGAUGCCCAUUAUUACUCUGCUGGCCACACAGAUGCCCAUUAUUACUCUGCUGGUCACACAGAUGCCCAUUAUUACUCUGCUGGUCACACAGAUGCCCAUUAUUACUGUGCUGGCCACACAGAUGCCCAUUAUUACUCUGCUGGCCACACAGAUGCCCAUUAUUACUCUGCUGGUCACACAGAUGCCCAUUAUUACUCUGCUGGUCACACAGAUGCCCAUUAUUACUCUGCUGGCCACACAGAUGCCCAUUAUUACUGUGCUGGCCACACAGAUGCCCAUUAUUACUCUGCUGGCCACACAGAUGCCCAUUAUUACUCUGCUGGCCACACAGAUGCCCAUUAUUACUCUGCUGGUCACACAGAUGCCCAUUAUUACUCUGCUGGCCACACAGAUGCCCAUUAUUACUCUGCUGGCCACACAGAUGCCCAUUAUUACUCUGCUGGUCACACAGAUGCCCAUUAUUACUCUGCUGGCCACACAGAUGCCCAUUAUUACUCUGCUAGUCACACAGAUGCCCAUUAUUACUCUGCUGGCCACACAGAUGCCCGUUAUUACGAAAGUUGUCACAACUUUUAAUAAAGCAGCUUUCAGGUCUUUGGUCAUUUCUUAA